UGUGGAAUUUAAACUGGGAAAUGUUUUCCUCCGCGAUUUUUACGAAUUAUAUAAAUUUACGAAUCAUUUCUUUUUUGAUUCUGCAUUAUUAUUUCCAAUACGUACAUCCAUCGCUUGCUAUUUAUUUCAUAAUCGUACAACAUUAACCAUGGAAAUAACGUAAGUACAUUUAAAGUACAUAGGUAAUUGACGUUUCGGAACGUUAGAGAAUUCAUUCAAACGACAAUUGAUACAGUUGUUUGCGCCAUUUCCUUUCAAAUACUAAUUCGUUCAAAUAUAUUGAUGAAUACUGAACUCAAAAUGUUUCUCUGGUUCAUCCUUUAUGCCAAUUCUAAUAACCGAUAACAAGUUGUAUGAUAUCAGUUGAACAAAACUUAUACUGUUUAAACUUAGGUUAUGGGAAAACUGCAAUUUGUUAAACUGUCAAUACGUAUUCAUUUGAAAGUUUUUCCUUGAUACAUAACAUUAAUAAGCACAGAAUAUAUAUUAAAUUUAGCUAUUUGUUAAUAGUUAUUAAAUAAAUCAAAAAUGGAUUCAGAUAGUAGUGAUAUGGAAAUGGAGGACGAGUGUCGCCAAACAAAAUUAUGUCCAGCUGUUUUAGGUUUACAGCCAGUAAAUAAAAGAAAUACUCCUAAAAUUAUAGAAUCGUCAAAUGCAGGAAAAGAUAAAUUAAACAGAAGAGGUAUGCCUGCUCGUAUAAGGAAAAAAAAUAAAUUAUUUUUUGAUGAAGAAGUAUUCAACACAUCUAAAAAUCCAUCCGUGAAACAGGAACGCAUGAUGUAUGUAAAUUCUCCUAAAAAACAAACACCAAAAAAAAUUGUUGAAUCUAAAUUAGAACCAAAAACACCAAAAACACCUAAACAAGAAAAAAUUGUCAAUCAAAAAUUACAAACUCCAAAAGUUUCUGUCAAAACAACACCUACAAUCAAACUUAAGACUCCCAAUGUGAAAACUCCUAUUAAAAGUGCUUCUAAAAAAUCUACUGAAAAUGGUGUAGCUAAACCAAAAACUAUAAAACUUGAAACUCCUAAAAACAUAGUGUCGACAUCCAAACCAAAAUCUGAUUCUUUGGAACGUAAACGUUGUCAAAAUGUUGGAUUAAGACUAAGGAAAAUUUUUCAAUUACCAAAAGCUAAAAACUGGAUAUAUUAUGAGUGGUUUUAUAGCAAUAUAGAUAAACCUCUUUUAUAUGAAUCUGAUUUUAUGAUGUGUGUACAAGACUUCUUUCCCUCAUUUAAAAUUAAAACGAUGACUAGAACUGAAUGGUGUAUGUUACGGCGGAUGAUGGGUAAACCUCGAAGAUGUUCUCAAAAUUUCUUUGACGAAGAAAUUAGAGAGUUGGAUAGAAGAAGAAGAAAAAUAAGAUUGUUACAACAAAGGAAAGCUAGAGACGAAUUGUUAUUUAAAGAUAUACCAGAUGAAAUACCUUUACAACUUACUGUUGGUACUAAAGUAACUGCAAUGUUAAGGAAUAAUACUGAAGAUGGUCUAUUUAAUGGAACUAUUGAAGCUUUAGAUGUUUCUAACAAUACUUAUAGAAUAAAUUUUGAUAAGCCUGGCUUAGGUACACACUCAGUCCUUGAUUAUGAAGUAUGCUCCAAUCAACCUCCAGAAACUAUUUCUAAAAAUGUUUUGUUACAAAUGUGUCGACCACGUAUACCAUACCAUAAUCGUUCUAUAUCACCUGAAACCAAAGUAGAUUUACUUAAAACCGAUCAGAAUACAAUUGCACAAUAUUCAAUGAAACUUUUAGAGUCUACUGUGAAAUUCAGAAAAAUUUUGACUGCUAAAAAGCAAUAUGUACAAACAUUACGUAACAUGAAUUCUGAAGCUGAAAGAAUGGUUUUAUACAAUGAAGAUAUAACACCAGAAUUUCAGAGUCGGUAUGCUAAAAUUGUUUUGGAUUUGGAUAAUUUAAAUCUACAUUUAACAUCAGUAAUGUGUGUGCUUAGUGAAGAAAUUAAAGUAUUAGCACCUGAAGAAGCUGAAACAUGGCCAUUGAUCACGGAUUAUUUGCAAAAUCAGUCAUUUGAUGAAGCUGAACAGAUGAUUGAGCAUAACAAAGAAGUAACUGAUUCCCGUUUUAUGUCUGAUGACCAGCCCAUGUUAGCUUUAAUUAAAGAUUUAUUAGCUUUAAUGCUUCAGGUGAAGACAUUGACUGAAAAUGAACCUACUGCAUAUGAAUUGGAUGCUUUAAAAAGAACAAUGGUUGAAAUAAAACUUAAACUUAGUCAAUCUAAUCAAAAAUCUUUUGAAAAUUGUGUGGAAAUUCAUAUGCAGCAAAUUCAAUCUAGUUUAGAUACUUUUCAUACUUUAUCCUCAUCUAAUAGAAAAUAACACGAAAUGUUUAAAACUUUUGUUAAACUAUAUUCAACAAAUAUAUUUUAAAAGGUAAAUAAUAAUGUUAUGAAUAUAAAGGAGAUUGAUUAUUGAUAUAAUAUGUAUAGAUUUAAAUGGAAGUAACAAAACUUAAACGGAUUAUUGAUUAAUGCCAUUUUUUAAGUACCUAUAUUUUAAUUAACGUAAUUUUACAUAACCAAUAAUUUUAAAUUAUUUAUACGUUAAUAAAA